UCUUCGGUCUUCUUCCUUCGCUUUCCGAAUCUGAACUCACCUGGAAAAAGAGAGAGAGAGACCUUCAAGGUGAGAUCGACAAUGGCGAUCAAUAAUAAUAAACUCUUAUCUCUUCUAUUCCUCUUAGCAUCCGUAUCAUCAAUCGUAUCAGCUUCGUUUUCGGAUCCAGAUUCCGAUUCAGAUCUUAUCAACGAGCUUGUUUCUCUCAGAUCAGCCGCCGAAUCAGGCGUAAUCCGUCUCGACGACCAUGGAAUAUCCAAAUUCCUCACCUCCGUUUCAACUCCACGUCCUUACUCCAUACUCGUCUUCUUCGACGCUACUCAGCUACACAGCAAAAGCGAGCUUCGUCUUCAGGAGCUCCGUCGUGAGUUCGGCAUCGUCUCCGCUUCCUUCCUCGCCAACAACAAUGGAUCUCAGGGAACCAAGCUCUUCUUCUGCGAGAUCGAGUUUUCGAAGUCUCAAUCGUCUUUCCAGCUCUUCGGCGUCAACGCUCUUCCUCACAUCCGUCUCGUUAGUCCUUUGACAUCGAACCUCCGCGACGAAUCUGGUCAAAUGGACCAAUCGGAUUACUCUCGUUUAGCGGAAUCAAUGGCUGAGUUCGUCGAGCAGCGAACAAAGCUCACCGUCGGUCCAAUUAAACGGCCGCCGCUUCUUUCCAAAUCGCAGAUCAGUGUCAUCGUAGCGUUGAUCGUUGUCUCUUCUCCGUUCAUCAUCAAACGGAUUCUCAAAGGAGAAACUCUUCUCCAUGACCGUAGGCUUUGGUUAUCAGGUGCUAUAUUCAUCUACUUCUUCAGCGUCGCUGGAACGAUGCACAACAUCAUCAGGAAAAUGCCGAUGUUUCUCCAGGAUCGUAACGAUCCGAACAAGCUCGUUUUCUUCUACCAAGGAUCUGGGAUGCAGCUUGGAGCUGAGGGAUUCGCGGUUGGAUUCUUGUAUACUGUGGUGGGAUUGCUUUUGGCCUUUGUCACCAAUGUGCUUGUCAAAGUUAAGAACCUCAAUGCACAGAGAUUGGUGAUGCUUUUUGCUCUGUUCGUAUCGUUCUGGGCUGUGAAGAAAGUGGUUUACUUGGAUAAUUGGAAGACUGGAUAUGGGAUUCAUCCGUAUUGGCCAUCAAGUUGGCGUUGAUUUUCACUCCUUUUUGAGGAAUGUGUCUUUCACAAAGGUAAUGGAUUUAGCUUUCGAAAACACUUUUGGAAACUGAGUAAUGACACUUUGGAGACGUUUUGUGUUUCGAUUCGAAUACUUUGAAUCGGUGUAGUACAAUAUUCAGAUGGUUUAAGAACUCAUUACUGCUAUACUAGUUCCUUGUUAGUUUUUUACA